AUGCUCUUGGAGAUUGCUAGCAAGCGUGAUGGCGAUAUUGCACCAGAACUGACGCCAGAGUGGUUCAUCCCCUGGUACGAGCUGCUGGUUGACGAGUGGAAUUGCCUGGGCGAAGGUGGCUUCGGCAGCGUGCACCGAGCCAAGUGGUUGGAUUCGGACGUGGUGGUGAAGCGCGUGAUCCUUGACGGCUCCAAUACGGACACGGACGCCUCAAGUUCCCUGCUGAGUUUGUCCUCUACCCCUCAUACCCAACCUCAAAAGGACGCUGCCAAGAGAGCCGAAGCGCAAGCGAUGUUCCGUCGCGAAGUGGACAUUUGGUUCGGCUUUAGCCACCCUCACGUGAUCCGGUUGUUCGGCGCCUGCCACGUCGGGAGACCGUUCUUCGUAUGCGAGUACGCCACGAACGGGACCUUGGUCAAGUAUCUGCGUGAACAUCCUGAUGAAUUGUGGUCAAAGUUGCAUGAGGCGGCAUUGGGGGUUCAAUAUCUCCACGCUCGUGGCGUGGUCCAUGGAGACCUGAAAGGGAACAACAUUGUGAUCGGGAGCGACAUGAAGGCGAAAGUGACGGACUUCGGUCUCAGUUCGAUCGCAAGUGCCGAAGACAAGCCCGUGAUUUCAGGCGCGUGGCAGCACUGCGCGUUGUAG